GAUACAAUUCAAACGUACACUUGAACAAUUCCCUUUAAUCUUUGAGUAAAUAAGAUAAUUGUAUUAAAGUGGGCACAUUUCACAUCGUCACCAGUCUUGAUAAAGUCGUACUACAAUGAGUUCCAAAGACACAGAGAUUAACCAUUUGCCUCUUGUACAAAGUACUUCUGGCCACAAACUGUACAAAAGAAGGUGGAUUAUUCUAACGUUAUAUAUUUUAUACGCCGCCAUUAACGCUUUCCAAUGGUUCGAAUACGCUAUUAUAGCUAAUGUCAUUAUGAAAUUCUAUGGAGUCAGUUCUGUUUCCGUGGACUGGACAUCAAUAAUAUAUAUGGCUUUGUACAUGCCUAUGGUAAUUCCGGCAUCCUAUCUUAUGGAGAAAUUGGACCUUCGCAAAAUAGCAAUAAUUGGUGUACUAGGAACUGCUACCGGUACCAUUAUCAAAAUUUUUUCAUUAUCACCUGACAGAAUGUGGAUGACUUACCUAGCUCAAACCAUUUUGUCUUCAAUGCAGGUAUUUAUUUUAGCCCUUCCUCCACGAAUUGCAGCUACUUGGUUUGGAGCUAAAGAGGUAUCUUUAGCAUGUGCCUUGGGGGUAUUUGGAACGCAACUGGGUCAAGCGCUGGGUUUUUUAAUUCCUCCAAUGGUUGUAAAAAAUAGUGACAACUUGGAACAAAUUUCUGAUGAGUUAGGAGUGUUGAUUAAGAGUUUGGCGGUUUUUACUUCCAUUGUUACCAUCAUUAUUCUGGCUUAUUUUCCAGCACGCCCGCCUUUACCACCAAAUCAAGUCAUUUGUGAGGAAAGAGAAAGUAGUUUUUUGAAAUCUCUAAAAAAACUUCUCAGCGAUAGAAGUUUCGGUUUUCACGCAGUUGCAUAUGGGAUUAAUAUUGCGGUGUUUGUUUCAAUAUCUACUUUACUGAAUCAGUUUAUGUUGUUCUACUUCGCGGGGUCUGAAGAAGAUGCUGGCCGGAUAGGGUUGAUCAUGGUAGUUUUAGGGAUGGCAGGAGCUAUUGUUUUUGGUCAUGUUUUAGAUAAAACUCAUUCCUAUAAAAGAACAACUUUGAGCAUGUAUAUUUCUUCCUUAUUAUCAGUAAUAGCUUUCAUGUACUCUUUGAAAUAUCGUUCUAAAAUUUUCGUUUAUAUUUCUGGAGCAUUAGUCGGACUUUUUAUCAAUGCCUAUAUGCCUGUAGGUCUUGAACUGGCAAUAGAACUUACUUAUCCAGAACCAGAAAGUACCAGCUCUGGAAUACUCAUCUCUAUGACUCAGACUUUAGGUGUUAUUUUCACAUUACUCUUAGGAUGGCUGUUUUCAACGGUUGGCUGUUUCUGGGCUUUAGCAAGUAUGGUUUUUUUCCUCUUGGUUGGUACUUUCUUGACGGCUAUGAUAUCGAAUGUCACGAAACGACAAGAUGUAUUUAAACAAGAGUUAAUAAAGUUAAACGUUUGCAAAUACGUGGUGGUGUUUUAUUAG